UCAACCAAUUUUAACUUCACCCUGGCAUCUGAAUCUAGUCUCCUUCAUGUACACACGCAAAGGAUACUGUCAUCUGGCUUCUCUCCUCCCAAGACUCACAUCAUUUAGAUCAGAGAAUCCUUUCCCUGUGGCCCAACUAUUUUGUAUGACCCAAUCAAACCAAGUCAAUAUUUUUAAAGUAUGAAUAUACAAAAUAUUUAGCUAUUUCUUUACUAUUUAUGAUGCAAAUAGAUGUUACUGAAUGUAUUUUGGAGCCUUAAUGGAUAAAGCGUCAGAUGAUGUGGAUCGGGGACCGUAUCUAGACUUCCAAACUGUGUCUUAGGCAAUUUCCUCCUAAAAUUAUUUUCACAAUAUGUGCUGUUUUCCUGGGAAAAAUAUCUCUACUUAAUAAAAGCAGAUUUCCUGUAUAGUCAGCAUCUUUAGCGCUUACUGUAUGCACGAUAAUAUUCUCGUCACCAAUCGUAAACCCACCAGAGGGCGCUGGUUCUCUGUCUAUCCAGCCUUCUCCAUCAGCGACACAGAAAAUCAAGGUUAAACUUGACUUCCGCAUUUAAUCCGCAAAUAUUAACAAGAAUUUGCUAUGCCGCCAGAUGUGGGGCUAGGUUCGCAAGAUACAGUGGUAGUUAGACACGACUCCUAAUAGCAGACGCUUGGAGCAUAGCAAAGACAAAAUAAACUGGCUAUAAUAAAGUGGAGUAAACGAAUAGUUUCUCGGUCUGCGAAGUUUGUUAAAUACUGGCGUCAAACCUCAGAAAGCGGUAACAAUUCAUUAAGAGAUUACGGGCUGCUUCCGAUCCAUGUCCCGGGCCGCGAACUCCGCCCUCAAGGCAUACGUAAGUCAGAGCCAGAGGCCUCAACUCAGUGGCUCCAUUAGUCACCUCCGCGAUUUUAAGUCUCUCCUUUUCCCUUUCCCCCCUUCCUAGGCUACCUGCAGUUCUCUUACAGUUCACUUCUGCCCUAGGUCGACAUUUCAGUUGCCCCCAAGACCAAAAAUAAGAGAUCAUCCACAACUACUAGGUAUAACUGGCUCCGCCCAUUCUUUUUCCGGUUUAAAACCCGCGGGCUUUUCCUGUUCUGAAUUCCUAGACUUCCUGUUUUGAAUCUCGCGACAGUUGAGAGACAACGCGUGAAGCUCAAUUCCGGUCCCUCUUUUGAGUUUGAGACCAGGGUGAUAGUGUACUUGCCUUCACGCACCUCAUCAGAACCCUUCUGGCCAGGAGCGGCGUGGACGCUUCUAGGGAACCCCUAAGUGAAAGGGCUUGGACGAGUUCAGGUCCGGAGGUAGAGUCCCAGACCGCCUACAGGAACGCGACUCUCCAGACCCCCACUGCGCAUGCGGAGCUGAUCCCGCUCGACAGUCUGGAGGCCGCGGUCCCGCCCUCAACUUCCUGAUCCUCAAGCUGGAGCAGAGGUGGCCGGGAGGCCGAGCUGAUUGUUCCCCCUUUCCACUGCCUGCUUUUUCGGACUGGAGUCAGGCUGCUCUGAAGGGCAUAGCCCCGGACUCUAGGGUGCUACGAACGCGCAGAUGCCCUGAGUGCUCUCAGGGCUUCCAGCUAACCAUGCUACAGCCACCAGCAGCUGCCUUGGAGCUGCCGCUGCUACUGCUACUGCUGGUGGUGCAGGCGCCGCUCCCGACUGGUGCACGGCCGUCCACAGGCCCGGAUUACCUGCGGCGCGGCUGGCUGCGGCUGCUGGCAGAGGGCGAGGCCUGCGCUCCCUGCCGGCCAGAGGAGUGCGCUGCGCCGCAGGGCUGCCUGGCCGGCAGGGUGCGCGACGCGUGCGGUUGCUGCUGGGAAUGCGCCAACCUCGAGGGCCAGCUCUGCGACCUGGACCCCAGCGCCCACUUUUACGGGCGCUGCGGCGAGCAGCUUGAGUGCCGGUUGGACGCAGGCGGUGACCUGAGCCGCGGAGAGGUGCCAGAGCCGCUGUGUGCCUGCCUCUCGCAGCGCCCGCUCUGCGGUUCGGACCGCCGCACCUACGCGCAGAUCUGCCGCCUACAAGAAGCGGCCCGCGCUCAGCCAGAUGCCAACCUCACCGUGGCGCACCCAGGGCCCUGCGAAUCGGAGCCCCAGAUCGUGUCACACCCAUACGACAUUUGGAAUGUGACAGGACAGGACGUGGUCUUUGGCUGUGAGGUGUUUGCCUACCCCAUGGCCUCCAUCGAGUGGAGGAAAGAUGGCUUGGACAUUCAACUGCCAGGGGAUGACCCCCACAUCUCUGUGCAGUUUAGGGGUGGCCCCCAGAGGUUUGAGGUGACAGGCUGGCUACAGAUUCAGGCUGUGCGUCCCAGCGAUGAGGGCACCUACCGCUGCUUGGCCCGCAAUGCCUUGGGCCAGGUGGAGGCCCCAGCUAGCCUGACUGUACUCACACCGGACCAGCUGAACUCCACAGGCAUCCCCCAUCUGCCGUCCCUGCACCUGGUUCCUGAGGAGGAAGCUGAGAGUGAAGAGGGCGAUGAUUACUACUAGGUCUAGAGGCCUGGCCCAUGGGGGUGGAUGAGUGGGGAUAGUGUUCAUCCCUGCUCUUAAAAAGAUCUGGAAAGGGGGAGCAGGGCCCCUUCGUAGAUUGCUUUAAUGCCCUUAGUAGGAGAGACAAGGUGGUGAUAGUGAUGGUGGGAGACAAAAAUUGAAGGAGGGUAAGGAGAGAGGCAGAGACCAGGGGAUGGGGAGAUGGGAUACAAAGGAGCCCAUGCGGGUGAUGCAUGGACCAACCAGGUGGAAGACAACAGCUGCCUGCUGUUCUCUAGGCUGGGUGGGGGGUUAGGGGAGAGUGGAGUAGACACAAAGAGGUGCAGACACCAGGCUCCUCCCCUGCUUUUCAGCAGCCCUCCCUCCAGCCCUGCUCAUCCAAUCUUUCUAACUGCCCUUCACCUCAUAGCUCCUACUGUUAUUUUUCUAGUCCCAGAUCUUUGCCUAGCCUCAGUUUGCCCUUCCUAAAAACUCACCUUCUAGAAAUUUUCCCUCUCCUAAGUCCCAAUUGCACUUACUAACUGCAGUCCACUUUGCUCUUCAGCAUCUGCUGUCCAGAGUGCACAAUGGAGCCUGGUUUAGUUCAUUGCAGCAAGAUGAGAAUUUGUCAUGUCUAAUUUCUCCUAUCAUUCUAGCAACUCUGCUAGGCCAGUACCAUAUUUUAUGCCACUUUGUACUGACGAUGCCUAGCACAAGACUAGGCACAGUAGUCACACAAUAAAGAUUUAUGAACAAACUGAGA